UGCAAAUACUGUAUUCACACGAAUUAUUUGACAACAAGGAAGUUGGUGAGCUCGUUAUUAUCAAAGAAUUUACCUGGCAGGCACAAAUAGGAUGAAUCUCUGAUAGUUUGAGGACAGAAAUAAGGUGUUCUACAUCUUAGAGGGUUAUCCCAUGUAAAGGAAAUGAAAGCAGAACAUUGCAUUUAAAAAAAGAAAUCGAAACCUACAAAAGUGAUUGCAACUGUAGACGAAAUCGAAAAGUCCUUUAUUUCAACGACUAUCGUAUUUAACAUGACCAAAUCAUCGGAGUAUAAACUGGCCCAAACACUAAUAUGGAGCAACCAAGAAUAUAAGUUGAAGGAAUUUGUUGAUAACUUUCCACUACCUCAAGUCGUUUUAGUGAAGGAUGGUUACUGCGGCAACGAUGAACGAACCACGUUUAGCAGCGAUCAAAUUUUAACACUACAUCGACUUUGGGUUACUCCAAAGGUUGUUUGUCAAGUUGAAUACAGAAAAAACAUCCUUUUGCCAACAUUCUGUUCAUCCCUGGCCGAAUUGCUACCGCUGGAAGGCCACGAGAUGACUUUGAGUGUGCGACAUUUGCUUGAAACGCAUCGCCACAUCAAAUAUGUGCGUGCUUUGAAAGUUGAUGCAAAUUGGAGUAAGUCGUUCAAAAGAAACGAUGUCCUUGAAAUCAAGAAAAUUGAGUCGAAUUCAGCGGGAAUUAGAUGUAAAAAUCUAUCAGCCAAUCACGAUUCUUACAUAUCAUCACAUGACUCAUCUACUUUUGUCGCAUUGUUGGACCCAAACCUCUACACUUUAGCUGGAAUCAAAGCGAAGCAUGGUUUUCCCGCAAAGAUAAGAUUCGUUGAUAGAAACAAUAAUAUUGGAAAUCUUCCGCCUGAUUCAGAACAAUUUACGGCAAAGUUAACGAGAUUGGGUCAAAUGACGGUGAUUGGUGAAAUCGAAGAAAAAGAUAUAAUUGUGACUGUGGUUUGUGCAAACGUAGAAGAAGAAAAGGAUUUCGAUGCUGUCAUUCAAGCUGUAAAGGAUGGUAAAGAUGUUGAUCUCACACAAUGCCCUCCACCUCCCCCUGGCUUUCCAGGUGGUCAGCCAGUUACGUCAACAUAUCCCAAAGCUCCUCAAGUAUCUCGUGCCCAGACCUCUUCCACAGCUCUUCUAGUAUCUGAUGUCCAGACCUCCUCCAUACCUCCUCAACCAUCUGGUGCCCAGACCUCCUCUACAUCUGAAGAAUCAGGCUCAUUACCAGGCCAACCAUCUGCUCCAAAGACUAUCUUAGAGGCACUUGAACAGAGACUUGAAAAGUAUCAAUCUGGAGUGAACGAUGCCGAGAAAGGGAAUUCCAGCAAAGCAAGGAGAAUGAAAAGAAUAGUCAAGCAAUACCAAGAUGCCAUUCGCAACCACAAGGCCAAGAAACCAGUGUCUCUUGAUGAGUUGCCAACACCCCCCGGUUAUCCUCCGUUUCCUGUUGAUACCCCUAAAGUUUCUACUCAAACAGCGGCCUCCGCUCAGUCUGCCAGCAACCCGCACAGGCCACCGCAACCCGCUGCAAAGACUGAUGUCCAACGACCUACAAUCUCGCAAGGACCCCCAAAACCUGCUCCUCCAAAGGGAAGAAACGAAAAAGAAUUGAAGUUCUUACUUGAUCGACAAAAACAGUUUCAAAAGGCUGCUCUUGAAGCAAAGAAAAAAGGCGAUAUUGAUACGGCUAGAAAUCAUCUUAGAACAUCCAAGGGAUUUGAUUCAAUGAUAGAAGCAGCUAGAAAUGGACUACGUGUUGAUCUGUCAAAGAUACCAGAACCUCCAACUGUGACAUCUCAUCUUCCAGAAUCAAUCUCUGCUGCAGGUGAUUUUGUAGUCGUACAUGAAAGUGAUUGUACCCCUGAGACACGUGACCGUGACGAAAUAUUUGGAGAUCUUGAGAAAGCACUUAAAUCUCAAUACGAGAUGUGUAAGAACAAUACUCAGCAUUAUUCAAAAAUGGGCGAUAUCGAAAACUCGAAAAGGUUUGAGAAAUUGGCGAUAAACUGUCGACAUGAUUACGAUUCUUUACAAAGUUCUUUCAAACAUGGUAAUCCUCCUCCACGUUAUCAUUAUGAAAACAGAACAUUUCAUAACGUCAGAUCGAAUACAGAUUUGGGUGACCAGGAUUGUGAAUUAAGAAUCGUCAAAUGCAUCAAUAUUCCACUUCCUUCAGGUUACAACAAAGACGAUAUGAAAGUGUAUGUGUCCUAUGAAUUUCCCUUUCCUAACGAUCAACCUCAAACUGGCUUCACGGAAACCAUCAAACACAACAUUAAUCCUGAAUUUGAUCAAAAGUUUAAGAUAUCUAUCGACAGAAAAAACCGAUCGUUGGCGAGAAUAUUUCGACGACAAAGUGUGAAAUUUGAAAUAAAAUACAACAGAGGAUUUCUGAAAGGUGACAAGACGCUGGGUCAAGCUUCUCUUAAGUUAUCACCGUUUGAUAAUAGAUGUGAAAUUCACGAAUGUCUUAAUCUUAUGGAUCCCGAGAAAGGUCGCAAGGCAAUUGGUGGAAAGAUUGAAGUCAAAUUACGUAUUCGUGAACCUCUGACAGAUAAAGAUGUUGAAAUCUUGACGCAAAAAUGGUUGGUCAUAGAUGCAUUUGUAGCACCAACAAAUAGACCAAUCAGUGCUUCGUCAACAAGUAAGAAUGUGAAUCAUCGUUCGUUGUAUUAAAAGGAAUUUAUUGUCGCCUUGAUUAUAAAUUAAUUCACAGACAAUUUCAUUAAAAGUUGACAUUUACUAUAUUGAAAAAGUUGUAAAUAUUAUACUUAAAUGUAUAAAUACACUUUCAGAGUUUAAA